AGAUCAUUCACUCACUCACACUCACACACACACGCUGCUGCUGCUGCAGCAUACAAUCCGUGUGAGAGUGUGUGCGCGUGUUAAUGUGAGAGUGUGAGUGUGUGUGUGUGUGUUCCACCUGAGCCUGUUUCCUGGGCGUGGAGAGGAAAAGAACACGCAGAAAAGCCGCUUGUCGACUUUUGUGAUUCGUGGGAAUUUUGAGUUUGCGGUGAAAAGUUCCAGCUGAGCAGCUUCUCCUGCUUCUUAUUCUGCUGCUCCUGCUUCUUAUUCUUCUUCUUCGCACCAGGAUGUAACUGUGGGAACUUUUCUUCUUCUUCUUUUCCCAAAGUGGACGAGUUUUACUUGGAAUAAUCACAGGGAAACAAACGCUGCAUCCACAGGGAAACAUUCAGAGGACAGUGAGUGUUUGAUGUCAUCAGAGAUCGACAGGCGGGAAAAACACUAAACAGAUACGAUGGAGCGGUGGUGGGCGUGGCCGUUCGCCCUGCUUGUCCUGGCGACGGUCUCCUCGGGCCCCUCCCACUGCAAAAACGCAUUCCCGUCCGACACUCUGAUCAACAACGUGGUCGCCAACCCCGCGACGGGCCGGCUGUACGUCGGCGCCGUCAACCACCUGUACCAGCUCGGCCCCGACCUCCAGGUCGAGUCCCACGCCGAGACCGGACCCAAGCGGGACAACCGGCAGUGCACGCCGCCCAUCACCGACUCCUGCGAGGAGGCGGUGGACACGGACAACCACAACAAGCUGCUGCUGGUCCACGGCGCCAAGGACACCCUGGUGGUGUGCGGCAGCGUCUUCAGGGGAAUGUGUUCCCUGAGGAACCUGAGCAACGUGGAGCAGGUCCUCUACUUCUGCGACACCAAAGGGGAGAAGUCGUACGUGGCGAGCGCCGAGGAGAGUGUCUCUGUGGUGGGAGUGAUGUCGUUCUUCAUGAGGGACGCGCAGAACUUCUCUGUGUUCUUGGUGGGCAAAGGCUACGGCAGCCAUGACAGCACAAAGCUGAUCUCCACCCGGAUCCUGGAGGGCUACAAGGACUGGGUGGUGUUCGACAGCAUCAUUGAGGCGUCGGCGGUGCAGGCCAACCCCUUCGUCCUGCGCUACCUCCACGACUUCCGCUUCGCCUUCAAAGACGACGUCUACGUAUACUUCCUGUUCUCGCGGACGCUCGGCGUGCAGGAUACCAAGAACUUCACCUUCAUCUCCAGGAUGUGUGAGGAAGACCACAGCUACUUCUCGUACACGGAGCUGCAGCUCAACUGCAGCGGCGGCAACAAGUACAACAAAGCUCAGGCUGCAUACGUGGCAGAACCGGGGAAGGUUCUGGCUCAGACCAUGACCAGAUCAGGAGAGUACGGACCAGUUUCAGCCAACAGCAAGGUCCUGUUUGUGACCUUCACGUCUGACGAAGAUCCAACGACGUCAGCCAUGUGUAUGUUUCCUCUGCGUGCCAUAAACAAACGUCUGGUGGAAAUAAUCGGAGCGUGUUACAGCGACAAAGGUCUCAUUCAGGACAAAUCUGCCGUCUACUCUCCGUACUCGUCAAAGUCUGAGGAGCUGUGCAGCACCAGUAACCAGAAAAACAUGGCCACGCGGUACAACUGUGGAGCCGAGUUCCUGCCGUCACCGCUCGCCAGCAAGGCGGAGUUUGCCCUCGCAUCACAGCCGGCAGUCGUCCGCAAGGGUCACAUGACCGCUGUGGCCGUCGCCGUGGAGAUGGGCCACGCUGUGGCCUUUCUGGGAACUGCAACCGGAGAGGUGUUGAAGGUCCAUCUGUCUGAUCACCCUGAAGUUUACGGACGAGCUGCAGGUGACGUCACCGGAGACAAAGUCAACAAGAACCUGCUGUUUGAUUCUAGUCUGCAACAUCUGUACAUCACUACAGAGAAGAAGAUCACGAAGGUUCCCGUCCAGACCUGUCACGUGAAGACAGACUGUCACUCCUGCGUCUCCAUGAAGGACCCGUACUGCGGCUGGUGCGUCCUGGAGGGACGAUGCACCAGGAAGCAGGACUGCGACAGGUCGACAGAGGAAAACACGUGGCUGUGGUCGCCCAAUCAGCAGUGUGUCCAGAUCCAGGCCUUUGACCCGCCCAACAUCAGCUGCAAGAAGACACGGCAGGUGGACAUCAGUGUCCCCUCCCUCCCCAGACUCAGGUCUACAGACUCUCUGAUGUGUGUGUUUGGUUCGUUCAUCAGCGGCGCUGUCAUGAAUGUCGACUCUCAGGUGCUGGUCACAUGUUCACUGCCCAACCCCGGACAGAUCCCGCCCACUCCUGACCAGCAGGACUACGUGUCCGUCCCUGUGAAGAUUGUGGUGAACAAUAAAACUGAGGUGACGUCAGGAGAAUAUCACUUCUACAACUGUGCUGCUUCAGUCAGGAAGAACCAAAACACACCGUGUAUUGCGUGUGUGACCAGUGAGUGGAGCUGUCAGUGGAACGCUCAGGAUCACAGCUGCAGCGACCGCGACGACCACGUGAACGGAGGUCACGUCAUCAAACCACAGCAGCCUGACCGCUGUCCUCAGUUCGAGUCUCCGGAGCCGCUGCUCAUUCCCGUCGGCUUCAAGAUUCCCGUCAGCUUCCGGGGCAGAAACCUGGAGAUUUACCAGGGUCGGAGGUUCAACAUCGGCACGGAGCUGAUGAAACACACGGAGGAGGAGGUCACGCAGCAGCAGCUGCAGGGGUCAAAGUUCAAGUUCUCCGGUUAUGAGUUUUCCUAUGAUAAACAGCAGGAGGCGACCGUGUCGUUCCACAUCAAAGACCGAGACACGGAGAGAAAGAUUGACAGCACACUGACAGUGGUCCUGUAUAACUGCUCAGUGGACAGAGCCGACUGCAGUCUGUGUAAACACGCCGAUGACAAAUAUAAGUGUGUGUGGUGUUCGGACUCUCGCUCCUGCGUUUACCAUGAACUGUGUCCCUCGCCUCAGCCGACGCAGUGUCCUGACCCCAAGAUCACCGACAUCAUCCCUCGCUUCGGUCCUCUGAACGGACGCAUCGCCGUGACGAUCCGAGGCUCCAACAUGGGAAUAAAGAAGGAGGACGUGAAGAAGAUCACGGUGGCUGGAGUGGACUGUGUCCACCAGCAGGACAGAUACUCCGUCUCCACCAGCGUCGUGUGUGAGAUCGGACCGGCGAGGCGCCGUCCGCCGUCCGACCUUCCGGUGGAACAGAGCAACAGCGGAGCGGUGGAGAUCGAAGUGGACGGAGGAAGACGAGGGACGUCUGUCGUCACCUUCACCUACCGGGAUCCUAAACCUGAGGCCGUGGAGCCGCUGAAGGGUCCGGCAGCCGGAGGAACCGUCAUCACCAUCUCGGGCACGGACCUGGACACGGCGACCAAAGACGACGUCGCCGUCACUGUCGGGGGCGUGCCCUGUGAAGUCCUGUUCUUCGGGACGCAGAUCACGUGUAAGACCGGCCGGUACCGGGGACAGAAGAUUCCGUCCGACCCGCUAACAGUGACGGUGAAAUAUGGAAAGAACACGACCAAAGACGUCACGGCCGCAUACCAAUACUCGGAGAAUCCCAAGAUCCUGGAUUAUUCCCCCAAAGGCAGCUUCAUCUGCGGUGGACGGAGGAUCAUGGUGCUGGGAAGUGGAUUUGAUCUGAUCCAGAGAGCCACGAUGAAAGUGCUGCCCUCUACUGACGAGUUUACACAGACGUCUGCUCCUGAAGAGUUUGUGCAGGAGUUUCUGACGAAGAACGACACCAUGCUGCAGUUUGAUUCUCCGUCCGUGAACAAAACUCUGGACACUCGGACGCUGAGGACCGUCCUGCAGCUGGACAACGUCGUGGAGGAGCUGAAGACCUUCGACUACCACCCGGACCCCGUCUUUGACGACCUGUCCAAGAAUCACGUCAUCACGGAGACCAGCAUCAUCAUCGUCACGGGUCGAGGAUUCUCGAAGGCGAUGACGGCGAAUGAGGCGCAGGCGUUUGUCGGCGACGCCUCCUGCCACGUGAACAUCCUGCAGGACGAUAAGUUGAUUCUGGAGGCGCCGUCGUCGCAGCCCGGAACUCGAUCCAAACGCCAGCGCAGAGACACGACCAACGACCUGCUGGAGCUCGUGGUGAAGUUCGGUCACGGCGAGUGGUUGGUGGGUUGGGUCCACUACGACAAGAAAGACAACAUUCCUCUGGCGAUCAUCAUCCCCGCCGUCAUCGCACCCAUGCUGCUCUUCAUCGCCGUGUCCGUCUACUGCUACAGGAGGAAGAGUCAACAAGCCGAGCGAGAGUACGAGAAGGUCAAACACCAGCUGGAGAAUCUGGAGGAAAGUGUUCGCGAUCGCUGCAAGAAAGAGUUCACAGACCUGAUGAUCGAGAUGGAGGACCACACCAGCGACCUGAGCGAGGCGCGGAUGCCCUUCCUCGACUACCAGACCUACACCGACAGGAACUUCUUCCUCCCGUCCAAAGACGGCGUGAACGACGCCAUGAUCACGGGGAAGGUCGAAAUCCCAGAAGGCCGCAGGGCGAUCGUGGCUCAGGCGCUGAACCAGUUCUCCAACCUGCUCAACAGCAAGACCUUCCUGAUCAACUUCAUCCACACUCUGGAGAGUCGCCCGGACUUUAACGCCCGCUCUCGUGGUUAUUUCGCGUCUCUCCUGACGGUGGCGCUGCACGGUAAACUGGAGUAUUACACGGACAUCAUGAGGACGCUGCUGCUGGAGCUGAUGGACGAACACGUGCAGAGCAAGAACCCCAAACUCAUGCUGAGGAGGUCAGAGACGGUGGUGGAGAGGAUGUUGUGUAACUGGAUGUCCAUCUGUCUUUAUCAGUUCCUCAAGGACUCAGCUGGAGAACCUUUGUACAAACUCUUCAAGGCUUUGAAACAUCAGGUGGAAAAAGGUCCAGUCGACGCCAAACUAAAGAAAGCAAAGUACACGCUGAACGACACGGGGCUGCUGGGAGACGACGUGGAGUAUUCUGUCCUGACUCUGCAGGUCCUGGUCCACGGUGAAGGUCCAGACGUGACUCCAGUGAAGGUGCUGAACUGUGACACCAUCACACAGGUGAAGGAGAAGAUCAUAGACCAGGUUUACAGGAACCUGCCGUACUCACAGAGACCAAAGGUGGAGAGCGUCGCGCUGGAGUGGCGCCCCGGCUCCACAGGUCAGAUCCUGUCCGACAUGGACCUGACGUCUCAGAAGGAAGGACGCUGGAAGAAACUGAACACACUCGCUCAUUACAACGUUCGAGACAACGCCACGUUAGUUCUGUCCAGAGUUUUACACACACAAGCUUUUCAUCAACACCAGGACAGUCAGGAAGAGAAAAACGCGCUGCUGGAGGACGACAACACGUUCCACCUCGUGCGUCCUGCAGAUGAUUUGGACGAGGUGAAAUCAAAGAGAGGAAGCAUGAAGGACAAGGCCAUGACUAAAGCCAUCACCGAGAUUUACCUGACGAGGCUGCUCGCUGUCAAGGGCACACUGCAGCAGUUCGUGGACGACUUCUUCCGCUGCGUGUUGUGUUCCAGUUCCGUCGUUCCUCCUGCUGUCAAAUACUUCUUUGACUUCCUGGACGAGCAGGCGAUGAGACACGACAAUGUGGACGAGGAGACGCUGCACAUCUGGAAGACAAACAGUUUGCUGAUGCGUUUCUGGGUGAACAUCUUGAGAAACCCUCACUUCAUCUUUGACGUCCACGUGACGGAGGUGGUGGACGCGUCUCUUCACGUCAUCUCACAGACGUUCAUGGACGCCUGCACCAAGACGGAGCACAAACUCAGCAGAGAGUCUCCUAGCAACAAGCUGCUCUAUGCAAAAGAGAUUUCCACGUACAAGAAGAUGGUGGACGAUUAUUACAAAGGAAUCAGACAAAUGAUUUCAGUCAGUGACCAAGACAUGAACACACACCUGGCCGAGGUGUCCAGGCAACACACAGAGAAGCUGAACACGCAGGUGGCCUUACAUCAACUUUACCAGUUUGCCAGCAAAUACUACGACGUGAUCAUUCAGUCUCUGGACGAAGAUCCUGCCGCUCAGAACAAACAGCUGACGCUCCGCCUCCAACAGAUCGCCGCCGCCCUGGAGAACAAGGUCACUGACCUUUGACCUGACAGAGGCGGGGUCAGGGUGGAGGCGUUAAUUUGCCACUAAAUCACAGGACGAUGUUAUAAUUAAAAAAAAAGACUCUAAAGAGACGGAGCCUGUGGACCGACCGUGUGACAACUGCAGUGGGAGGAGCUGAGUGGAGCCACGGGAAAAGCUGCUGACCAUAUAAGUACUGAAGGGGGAGGAGCUACGGGACUCAAACGUUCAAGUAAAAAGAUUUUUUAAAAAGUGGUGGAAAGUGAAGAGAAGAAAAUCUCCUGCAGUUAUUUCCUCUGGGUGUCGCCCAACAAAGAAGCGACUGCGACGUAGCCGAAAACAUCGUAAAGUUCGUAGACGGACGAAAGAAGAACGAAGAUUGAAGAUUUUUAGGGGAAAAUUGAAGAAAUUAUUGAAGUAAAGAAAACGUCACAUCGUAAAGUAUUUACUCUUUUUUUCUAUUUUCGCUCUUUUUAAAGUCGCAUUUGCACAUUUUUCGGGACGUUUUGCGAUCUUUUCUCCACUGAUUUAACAGCAGAUUUGAGUCGAAUUCGCUGCUGAUCUGGCGACAAACUUCUACCUUUUAAUUUUUAUCAGCAGCAUCACUUUGGUCGAUGAAAACCCACUACGGUACACACCACUGACCAGUCCAGACCAGGUCUGGUUUGGUUUUGAGAAAAGUGAUUUCAGGGUACGAUGAUUUAAGUUAAACCCAAAUAAAAAAAAAAACUGUUCUUUUUCUUUUUCUUUCUCAGUUUCGCGGGAGAGUUCGGUGUCGCCACGGCGUAUUAUUAUUCUUCGUGUAAAAGCUUUAAACGGAAGCUUCGCAUUUCCACGUACGACAUAAAGAAUUCUUCAUUUUAACGACUGAUAUCAUACCACUUUUUUCAUUUUUAAUUCAUAAAAGUUUAAAGUUUAUCGGGUUUUGUUGUCGCCUUCGUUUCCUUUUUGACGCUUUUUUACUUCCUGUGAAGAAUCCUGACUGCCUGAUCACGUGAUCUCUGUUUUUAUAUCAUGCAUUUACAACUUUUGUUUAAUCUUGUAUUGGGUUUUUUUCAACACAUUUUUAAAUUCUCCCCCAAAAAACUUUUGUUCUUCAAUAAAGUAAAAAAUUAAGUCAAGGAAAGAAAAUUCAAGAAAUAUAAAAAAUGUUUUAAUGUGGCAUUUUUCUUCAAAUUUUUGACUUUUAAUUUCAUACAUAAAGAGAAAAUAUGUUUCAUGUUGAAUUUAUUUUUAUAUUUCAUAAGUUUUCACCAGUAAGAACAUCAUGUGACAAAAUUUUAGAAUUUUUUUGAUUUUUCUACAAAAAUAUUCACCUGUAACGACGCGAUGAUUGAAUUAUCUCUGUUUUAUGUUAAAUGUUCAAUUUAAUCAAAUGAAGUUGCUUCAUUUUUUUGGGAAAAUCUGUUAUUUUGAAGAAAAAGUCAAAUUUUUUUGGUUUCAACGUCGUUAAACGUCGUAAAACAUCGUUAACCGUCAUAAUGAACUUGUUUCCACAGAAUCAACGUAAAUAUGCUUUAUUCUUUGCCUUCUGAGCCCAAACAUGUGCUUUGUGUCGAAGGUCAAAGGUCAAAUGUGCAGUUUGUUAAAAAACGAUAAAAACCCCAGUGCCUUCUGGGUAAGAACGUAAUUUGUGGGCUGUUAUUUUUUGUUGAUUCAGAAUCUCAUAAACUGCACCUUUUACAUUCUGAAGCAAUACGAGCUCACGGCAGGUGCUGCCACCUUGUGUUCACGUUCUGUCAUCACACACACACACAAAGACUGAAUAUACACACGUUCGUCUUGUUUUUCUGGACGUUUUCUCUCCCAAGUUUUCGUAAAAAAAAAAAAAACUUAAAAAAAGUCUCUUUGGUGCCAAAUCUGUGGUUCGUCUCGUUCUGUGUGUGAUUUUUCUGAAAAAACUUUAUUUGUAUGUUUGAUGCGUGUCGACAGAGUUGGGGUCAAAUCAAAAUAACCUGGUGGUACUUUUCUAUAAAAAAGACGAAGAGAAAAAAUGUAUGUGAUGACGAUGUUGAGAUAAAGUUCAUAAAAAAGUUA